UUCUCUCCGUCGUUUUUAUUUUUGGUUCCGUUUUAUUUUCUUUACCUCUGAGGACUUGGGCCUCUUCGCAACUUAGAGCUUCUGUUGUUGGAGACAAAGGUCGAUGCUAAAACCACUGUAAGAGCGGGAAUUUCGUGCACUUUUUCUUCUGCAGAAACUUGGUUACAAUAUCGCUUUCAUGCAAUAUUUUUGGUAUUUCUUUGGUUUUAAAGUUAAGAGAUGGUAAAUGAUACUCGACCCCGUCGCAAAAUUAAGGAUGGCGAUAGCAACAACUCAAAGAGAGGGGAAAUUGGUGCCAAAGGUUCAACUGCUUCAGGCUCGGCAACAACAGAUACAUCUGGUUUAAGAAGGUCUACCAGAGAACUACCUUCCAAGAAGAAGACAUUAUCAAGUCCUUCAAACACACGAAAGUCUGAAAGACUCGAAAAACAAACUCCAUCAACUCCACUUAAGAAGAAAUCUGAGCGAGUUGAGAAGAAAAAAAUGCCAUGUCCUUUAAAGAAGUCUGAAAGGAGUGAGAAGCAACGCUCUUUGAGCUCUUCGGAGUCAAAGAGGCAUGCAAAAGGCUUGAGUACAUCAGAUACCAAAUCUAAAAAGAGGAAGGGAGAAAAAAGUAGGAAGCAGCAGGCACUAGAUGUCAGAGAACAGAAUAGAAGUGAGAAGCAGGAUUCAAAAUCCACACAUGUAGUAUUGAAAAAGAAGAGAUUAGAUGCCCGUAGUUACAGGGCAUUACUCAGCUCCAAGACUAAAAUGGCCAAAGAAACAGAUCUUGGUGAGAAGCUGAGAAGACAGGAUAAGUUGUCUCAAGGGGAUAGCAACAGAACAGGGACUAGUGAUUCCAAAGAAGUUGAGGACGUUGCAGAACAGUACAAUGACGAAAAUGGUGAGGAACUGAGAAGAGAAGAUAUUGUAGGAGGGUGUGAAAGUUCUGCGCAGGAAUCCAAUUAUGAUUUGAGAAAAUUUCCCAAGGGGACAUCAAGAUAUCACAAGAAAGGAGAACUAUCUUCAUUUAUCCGGAAGCGUAAAAUUCAUCCUGAAGAGGUUCAGAAGUCUGAAAAUGGAGAUGGUUCACCAGAGUCCAAGUAUAGUGGUAGUUCUCUUCAAUCAUCCCCUAAUGAAAUAGUGGGCAAGGAAAUUGUUGAUGAUGGUAAAAGUGUCCAUAUGGAGAACUCAUCAGGGGAAGACUUGCAAAAUCAAGAACUAAUUGAAUCUACUUCUGAGGGGAGAUCACUUACUAGUGAGGCUGAUGGGGGAAGGACUGACAAACUUGGUUCUGUUAAAAGAAAGAGGAAUGCAAUGAAUAUGGAUUCUGAUGCUUAUGCUUCAGGAGCAAGUAAAGAGAUUUGCUGUUCCACUGCUGAUACAGUUUCUUCAUCACAACCUGGCAGCAAAAGGAAUUGCACUUUUGAGAAAUGUAGUGUCUGUUCUAAAAGACAAAGGUUGGACAAUGAUGCACAAAGUUGGGAAGUCUGUUCAUGCAAAGAAAAGGAAGUCUCUGCGCAGUUAGAGACAUUAACAAGUCCUCAAGUAGUUGAACCAGUGCUCAGUCCCAUCCCGAAGGAUAGGGAUGAUGGGGUCAACGAAGAUACCAAUAUCAAUCUUGGUGAGCACUUGCCCGUUGUUCAAAGGGAAAUUGGGCAUGGUUCGAGUGGUUUGCAUACUGAAGUUGAGAUCUUGGUUCCCCCAAAGGAUAGAGGGGAACCUGAAGGUAGGGUUGGCACAAGAUGUAUUGAAGAAGUCAGCAUUGAUACCCAGCAAGAUCAGUUUCCAUUGGGAUUUCAAACUGAUAGUGACGAUAAUGCAUGUGUCAUCUGUAAGCUUGGUGGAAAGCUCUUGUGCUGUGAUGGCAAAGGGUGUAAAAGGAACUUCCAUCUCAUGUGUCUUGAUCCUCCCUUGAAGGAUGUUCCAGCUGGGAAUUGGCACUGUAUUUCAUGUGUGAAGAAAAAGAUUGAGUAUGGUGUGCAUGCGGUAUCUGAUGGAGUGGAAUCAAUUUGGGAUGCCAGAGAAGUGGAUAUUUCAGAUAAUGAUGGGUUGCAGAGGCAGAAGCAAUAUCUUGUUAAGUACAAAGGGCUUGCUCAUGUUCACAACCGUUGGGUUUCAGAGAGUGAGCUGAUUCUUGAAGCUCCGAUGCUUGUUGCAAAAUUUAAUAGAAAAAAUCAGUGUGUUAGGUGGAAACCAGAGUGGGUGGUGCCACAUCGACUUUUACGGAAGAGAUUAUUGAUGUCCCAAAAGCAGCGUUCUGAGUAUAUUCAUAAGGGAGGCAUUGAAAUCUCUGAUUGCUAUUAUGAGUGGUUUGUAAAAUGGGCUGGUCUUGGUUAUGAGCAUGCUACUUGGGAGUUGGAGAAUGAACCAUUUCUGAAAACACAUGAAGCUAUGGCACUCAUAGGAAACUAUCAUAUGCGUCGCAAGAAGGCAAAAAGAGCAUCUGAUCCUUCAAGAACAGAUGAGGUACCACAUGAGAGGAAAGGGUCGUUUGUCAAACUGUCAAGGCUACCCAGUGGAGUCCCUACUGGACUAGGUGAUAGUUAUCUAAAUUACGUCAACAAGCUUUGUGAGUAUUGGCACAAGGGCCAUAAUGCUGUUGCCAUUGAUGAUCAGGAGAGGGUUAUGAAGGUUAUCUUAUUUAUCUUAUCACUGCAAUCUGAUGUACACCGUCCUUUCCUCAUUAUUACUACCCCAACUGCCCUUUCUGUAUGGGAGGCCGAGUUCUUGCGUUUGGCACCAUGUUUCAAUGUUGUGGUCUACAAUGGGAGCAAAGACAUCCGGAAGAGUAUACAGUCACUAGAAUUUUAUGAGGAAGGUGGUUGCAUAAUGUUCCAAGCACUUUUAUCACUGCCAGAGGAUAUAGUUGAGGAUUUAGAAGCAUUGGAAUGCUUGGAAUGGGAGGCUAUAAUAGUUGAUGAGUGCCAACAAAUUAGAGUGUCGAAGCACAUGGAACAAAUUAAGAUGCUAACAACUGAUUUUAGGCUUCUUGUUGCUAGUGGUCAAGUAAAGGAUAGUAUAGCUGAGUAUCUCAAUCUGCUCUCAUUCCUUGAUCCUGGAAGCGAGGAGAUCAACAGUGACAGUUUGAAAACUGACUCCAUUGACAACAUGAGUAAACUGAAGAAGCGGUUGGCACAGUUUGUUGCAUUUGAGCAUAAGUCCGACUCCUCUAAGUUUAUAGAAUAUUGGGUUCCUAUACACCUUUCCAAUGUGCAGCUUGAGCAGUACUGUGCUACUCUUCUCGCAAACUCCAUGUCACUUCGUUCAAAUUCAAAAAGUGAUCCUGUUGGUGCCCUUCGUGAGAUUGUUAUUUCUGUCAGGAAGUGCUGUGAUCAUCCCUAUCUUGUAGAUCAGUCUUUGCAAACUUUUCUGACAAGAGGUCUUCCAGAGAUAGAGUACUUGGACGUUGGUGUGAAGGCAAGUGGGAAGCUACAACUUCUUGAUCGGAUCCUUUCAGAGAUUAAAGGUCGAGGGUUAAGAGUGCUGAUCCUUUUUCAGUCAAUUGGUGGAUCUGGACGGAAUUCUAUUGGAGAUAUUUUAGAUGACUUCCUGCGCCAAAGAUUUGGUGCAGAUUCUUAUGAACGUGUUGAUAGUGGAUUGCUCAGUUCAAAAAGGCAAGCUGCCUUAAACAUAUUUAACAACAAGGAACAAGGGAGAUUCGUUUUCUUACUAGAAAAUCGUGCUUGUCAUCCAAGCAUUAAACUGUGUUCUGUUGAUACUGUUAUUUUAUUUGGUAGUGAUUGGAAUCCAUUAAAUGAUUUAAGAGCCCUACAAAGGAUCUCAAUUGAUUCACAGUUUGAACAGUUAAAAGUAUUCCGUUUAUAUUCAUGUUGCACUGUGGAAGAAAAAGUUCUAAUUCUGUCAAAGCAAGAUAUGACUCUUGAUAUCAAUGUACAGAAUAUAAACCGUAGUACUAGUCAUAUGCUGCUCAUUUGGGGUGCAUCCUAUUUGUUCAAGAAAUUGGAUGAAUUUCAUGGUUGUACAACACUAGCAUCAGAGUCAAAUGUUUCUUUUGAGCAGUCAAUCAUGAAUGAUGUGGUUGGGGAACUGCUGAAGCUGUUACCUUGUGAUAAUGAAGACAAUGAAACAAGCAACUGCUCUAUCAUUGCAAAAGUUCAGCAGAGUGGAACAACCUAUUCUGUAGAUAGUACUUUACCUGGUGAGUCAGAAAGGCAGUUGUUUGACGAAAGCUCACAUGUAUUUUGGGCAAAGAUACUGGAGCGAAAGGAACCUCAGUGGAGAUACUCCUCUCGGCCUACUCAGAGAAUUCGGAAAAAAGUUCAAUAUUUUGAGGAAUCACCCAAAAAAGCUGAAGUUGAAAGUGAUGAAAUUACAAAGAAGCGCAAGAAGGUAAUCAACAACAUGAUUGAUCCAAUCUUGCUCAGACCUUGGGUAGAAGAUAAGAGAAAAGAAACUCCCGUGGGGAAGAAAGAAAUGACCACAAUUCAAUGUGGUUCUGGAUCCCAAGUGUUGCAACAGUCAGCAAUUAAUAUGAAUAGCGCCAGUCACAUAAUGCAUGAUCUCUCCAAAAUAGCUAAUGAUACCACAAAAGUGCCUGAAGUUCAGCCCUCUGAAUCUGAUGAAGGAAGAACAUUACGAGAUUCACAGAAGAGUCUUCACCUCUUAUUGAAGCCAGAGAUUUCAAAACUUUGUGAAAUCCUUCACUUUCCAGAGGAUGUCAAAGGAGUGGCUGCAAGAUUUCUUGAAUACAUAAUGAACAAUCAUCAUGUUCCUAGAGAGCCAGCAACCAUAUUACAGGCUUUUCAGAUAUCUCUGUGUUGGACAGCAGCUUCUUUGCUAAGGCACAAAAUCGACCAUAAGGAUUCACUUGAACGUGCAAAACAGAUAAUGAAUUUUUACUGCAAGGAGGAGGAAGCAGAACAUGUCUACCCUAAAUUGCGUGUACUGGGAAAAAUAUAUUCUAGCCGAGAGGAUAAUGUGAAGAAAUCUAAUUCUACAAAAGAUAAUAUACCAAGAACUAAGGAUGUUGGAGAAAGCGUUUUGCCUGUAAGGGCUUCACAAUCCAUAGCAUCUGAUCAGCAAGAGUUGGAAGAAGGAGAGAUCAGAGAGAGCUCUCAUAGUAGUGACUUUAAUCAACAAGUCUCUACCAAAAAAGGAUAUGCAUCUGACUCUGAAAAAGCCAAUGAAUCACUCAGUAACGACUUCUCAAAUGAUACUAUAAAAGUUGAGAAAAUUUUUGCAGAGAGAAUAAAGAUGCUCCUUCGAAAGCAACAGGAGGAAGUUCAAAAGUUCAAUAAAAUUAAGGAGAAGCAAAAAGAAGAUCUGGAAAAGGAAUACAAGUUGGAAGCUGCUCUUAUACGAACUAUAAAUACUAAUAUAGCAGCUAGAUUAGAUAAGUUGAAGAUUCUGGAUGUUGACUUUUCAAGAAAAAUGAAAGAAUUCAUUCGUCUUAUGGAGGUACAUCAGAAAAAACUUGAGAAUUUGCAGCUGGCAGCAAGGAACGAGGAGAAGCAGAUGAAGGCUCAUUGGUUGGAAGAUGCUAGGUCUGGGAGACCAAUAGAGGCAGUUGCUAAGCUUCCUUUUCCAGAUACGGGGUUCAGCUUCAUACAAAUGGAAACCAGUGGGCCGGAUGUACUGGUUAUGUCAGAUGGAGUAAUUCCAUCAGAAACUACGGAAAUUGUUCAAAAUCAAGUUGAUAGGGGCAGCAUCCCCAUGGAAACAUCAAUUCCUGAAGUGCAAUCAAGUGGGUUGGAUGUACCAUUAGUGCCAGGUGGAGUGGUACUGCCGGAAGUUCUGGAAACUGUUGCAUUUGAAGAGGAUACAGCCAGAGUCACCUCUGAAGCAUCAACUCCUGCAAUGCUAUCUAGUGGGCUGAUUGUUCCAGUGACUCCAGGUAGAGUGGCACCACCAGAAACCACAGAAACUGUUCAAAAUGAAGCAGAUAGGUGCGACAUCAUUGCGGAAACAUUAAGUCCUUCAGUGCAAUCCAGUGCGCUGGAUGUACUGGAAACGCAGGGUGGAGUACAACCAUUGGAAAUUCUAGAAGUUGUUCAAGAUGAGGUGGAUAAAGGCAGUGGCAAUGUCCCUAUUGAAACAUUAACUCCUUCAAUGCAAUUCAUGGGACCAGAAGUACCAGAAGUGCCAGGUGGAGUGAUACCACCCAGAGCUGCAGAAAGUGCUCCAAAUGAAGUGGAUGAGGGCAUUAUACCCAUGGAAAUGGUAAUUCCCAUGCAGGCUAGUGGAGUGGAUGGUGAAAAGGAUAAUUUGGCUUCAGAAAGAGAAGAUCUUGCUGAAUUUCAACAACAGACUAUGACAGAUAGUCCAAAUGACAGAGAAAUAUCUUCUGCGGAAUUAACCCAAAUAGAUAUACCAUCUUCAGCUCAGACACACAUUCCGUCUGCUCAGGAUAAUACUUUGCCUUCUCAUCAGGUACUCUCUAUUGAGCAUCCUGAACCACCCAUUUCAACUGGGUUGCAAAUUGAUGGCCCAUCAAAUUCUGCUGUGUGGAGUCCUCCUCAACAAGUUGAAGUUCCACUAAACACCGAAGAUGCUGUACCACCUGAACAAUCUAAUCAUGAUAACUUGGCUGUAGCACCUGCUGUGCAAUUGCAGUUGCCUCAAUCUACAGAUCCAGCCUCUGAACACAAUCAACCCAAUGUAGCUGCAGUUACAGGAAAACAACAUAGCCAAAGUAAUGAAAGGGGUACUUCUUCUGAACCGGAUCAAUCACAAAUCAAGAACCCAGCUGAGCCACCUAACCAUUCUGUUCCACAACCCUCACAGUCAUUACUACAACCCCCUACAGAAACACCUUUGGGUAGAAGUGGAUCACACGUGUCUGAUCCCAGAAGCAUGGGCAUUUGUCCUGAAUCCAGUAGCUGUUCACAAAUUCUACCUUCAGGUGGGAGUGGAAUACAUGUUUCAGAUACCAGAAGCACUACCACUGCUCCCGAAUCCAGUAGUCGCCCUCCACAAACUACUCUGAUUUCACGGAUGCCUCAGAACUGGUCCCCACUUCAAGAUGAACUGGAAAGACUAUGCAAAGAGGAGGAGCAAGCCAUUAAGAAACAUGAAGAUGUGAAAUUGUGGCUUCAAUUUCAACGUGACAAGGAGAUAGAAGAGAUAAAUAAGAAGUAUGCAACCAAACUUCAUGAGGUUGAGACAGCAAUGGUGCGGAAAAGGAAAGAACUUGAAGUAAAUUAUAAUAAAGUUUAUAUGAACCUAGUAUUGGCUGAGACUUUCAGAACCCAAUACAGUGGAAGACAGGGAGCACAGCAAGGUGUGUCCUCUAGCUUCAUUCAACAGUUACUUUUCCUUUCAGGGCAGCAACAAGUGCCAAGACCUACCAUUACAGCAGGCUCGUCUGCAGCCGCACCAGGGCAUGUUGUCCACCAUUCUUCAGCACUUUUCUCAAGCAACCCUGCCAGAUCACACUUCAGCUCCAUUGUCCCUACCACAGGAAAUCUCCAAGCUGGCACAGAACAAAGAGCCCCAGCCCCACAUCUCCAAUCCUGUAGACCAUCUGUAUCUAUGUCAAUACCCAACUCUCCUGUUCCUCGUCCAAUGCCUAGUCAUCAGUUCCUUGCUACUCCUGCUGCUACACCUUCGUUGGCAGCCAAUCUUACAUCUGGUGUUUGUGCAAUGCCCAAUCAGCAGCAGUCCCUUGGUAAUCCUUCGGCCACUUCUUCCAUUCAGCAUCUAUUUCCCCAAUUGCCUAUCAAUGCAGUGGGGCAUUUUAGCAGAAGUCACCAACCUGAUGCUGCAGGUGGCUCUCCAUUGUUAGUUGACACUUCCAUGCCUUCUCGUGAUCAUCUCAUGGAUAUUGACAACCACCAGAUUGCAAAUCCAUCGCAACUGUUACAAACUUGCCAAGAAACCUUGAGCACAAGGGGCACCUCUGAACUUGCAACUGGAGGUACGGUACAGGGAGCUGGAACCGGAAAUUGUAUGAUGGCUGAUGUUGUUUAUUUGUCUGAUGAUGAUUGAUUAUCUAUGGAAGACAAGUGCUAUUUUGGGAUGGGAGGGAAAGGGUCCUUGUAUAAUAUUGUAACAUAUUGCACAUAGCCCCAUUAUUGUAUGACAUCUUUCUGAGCCUUACUAUCAAAGAUAGCAGUGCUGAUAACCGGGAAUUGUGUAAUGAAGACUACAACUCACAGGAAUGAGCUGCUAACAUUUUCAAUUUUUUCUGGUGGAUGGAACUGAUCAUUUUUGUCCAUAACAUGUCAUUGUAUUUAACUUCAAACCCCGCAUAGUUCUACCAUAUUGCUUAUAAAUCCAUAUUCCUUGUGUUCUUUCUGUUUUUCCCCUUCA